GGAGAGAGAGGGGACGGGAAGCGAGGGUCGCGCGCAGGGACUGAAGGGAGGAAAAAAACGGAUCGGGAGCGGAGCUCCGUGAUGUGUCUGGGGUGCUCCCGAACCCGAAAAACCGCCGCAUAGAGCGGAUUAAAACGCACUCUUUUUGACAGACUCAGCGCAAACACCCGCUGCGGUGGGAGAUUGAAGCCUGGAGAUUACCCCAGAGGAGGACCGAGCGAGCGAGCGAGCGAGCCGCGGCGGGGCUGGAAGCGGAGCAGCAAUCCCGGAUGGCUAGGCGCGGCUGCCCCCGCUCUCUCCCACCGUGACCCGGCGGAGACACUCACAGGACUGCCGCGGAGCUCCGUGUGAGGACAGUUACACCGCGUUUCCUCCGUUUCCAGCCGUUAAGCCCCGGCCUGUUUCCGCGGAAACGGGAAUUUUGGGAUCGAACAUAAACAAACAACCGCUCGGGGUGGGAGAGUGUUCAUCAGGCAGCCUCGGAGGGGAGUGAGUGUGCGGUAAUAACUGCGUGUUUUCAGCCCACUGGUGCUCCUUUAUUGCGGGUAUCGCGAUGUUCUGACAUGGCUGUGUUAGAGUGAAGGAACCAGCGGCAUUAUGGGAUGUAGCAGGACUGUGCAGUGACCCCGCUCAUUGGAAGGAAACAUUCUGUGUGCGGGAGCGGGAACAGCCAGACCCAAACACACACGCACACCCCCACUCACAAUCACACACACACACGCACAGACUGCCAUCUAUUCUGUUAACACACACCUCAUCAGCCCGCAGCCAUGCCCGUCUUUAAUGGCCUGCUGAAGGUUCGGGUGGUUGAAGCAGUGGACCUGAAGCCCACCCCGUGGGCAUUGCGUCACGCCGUGGGGAAGAGCGGCUCCUUCCUGUUGGACCCCUACCUGGCCUUGAACCUGGACCAGACCCGCCUGGGCCAGACCGCCACAAGAACCAAGACCAACAACCCGGCCUGGCACCAGGAGUUCUGCACCGAGGUCCGAGAGGGACGCUGUCUGGAGCUGUCGGUGUUCCACGAUGCUCCCAUCGGGUAUGACGACUUCGUGGCCAACUGCACCAUCAAGCUGGAGGACCUGCUGCAGAACGGAACCAGGCACUACGAAGACUGGCUCGACUUGGAGCCGGAGGGGAAGGUCUACGUGGUCAUCGAUCUGUCUGGAUCCACCACUGAGGCCUCGGGGACAAACGAGAAUGAGGAGAGGGUUUUCCGCGAGAGGAUCACUCCUCGCCGGCGACAAGGAGCCGUCCGAAGACGCGUCCACCAAGUCAACGGACACAAGUUCAUGGCCACCUACCUGAGACAACCGACCUACUGCUCACAUUGCAGAGAUUUUAUCUGGGGUGUGCUGGGGAAGCAGGGAUACCAGUGUCAGAUGUGUACCUGUGUCGUCCACAAGCGCUGCCAUAUGCUCAUCAUCACCAAGUGCGCUGGGAUGAAGAAACAGGACGACACAACCGAGAAGGUGGGUUCAAAGGGGUUCAGUGUUAACAUUCCCCACAAGUUCAGUAUCCACAACUACAAGGUGCCUACCUUCUGUGACCACUGUGGCUCUCUGCUGUGGGGCCUCUUGAAGCAGGGCCUUCAGUGUAAAGUGUGUAAGAUGAACGUGCACCGGCGCUGUGAGACCAAUGUAGCUCCUAACUGUGGGGUGGACGCCCGAGGAAUCGCCAAGGUGCUGGCUGACAUGGGAGUCACACCUGAAACAAUCUCCAGCACAGCACAGCAGAGGAGGAAGUUGACCUCAGGGCAGGACGCUCCCCAGUCUCCGCCUGAGCUCUCUCAGACGGAGGACAACAGCUUCAGCCAGCCAGCUGUCCCCACCUCCCCCUCAGAGCAAGACUUGGCAGAGCUAUCGCGCCUGCAGGAAUCGCUGUCGCUCGACGAGCAGAGACCCCAACUCACAUCUUCCUCCCCCACCAACUCCUCCUCCUCGCCAUCCUCGGCUGCCAGGGAGAACGGACAGACCCAGAGGAGGGCUCUGGAGGACUUUAACUUUAUCAAAGUCCUCGGCAAAGGCAGCUUUGGCAAGGUGAUGUUGGGGGAGCUGAAGGGGACAGACGAGGUUUACGCUGUCAAAGUUUUGAAGAAAGAUGUGAUCCUUCAGGACGACGACGUAGACUGCACCAUGACAGAAAAGCGCAUCCUGGCCCUCGCCCGCCGCCACCCCUACCUCACCCAGCUCUACUGCUGCUUCCAGACACGGGAUCGUUUAUUCUUUGUGAUGGAGUAUGUGAACGGAGGAGACCUGAUGUUCCAGAUUCAGAGAUCCAGGAAGUUCGAUGAGUCUCGCUCUCGAUUUUACGCCGCCGAAGUCACGUCUGCUCUGAUGUUUUUACAUAGGAAUGGAGUCAUCUACCGGGACCUGAAGUUGGAUAACAUUCUCCUAGAUGCAGAGGGACACUGUAAGCUAGCAGACUUCGGUAUGUGCAAGGAGGGCAUCAUCAACGGUGUGACCACCACCACCUUCUGCGGCACACCUGACUACAUUGCUCCUGAGAUCUUGCAGGAACUCGAGUACGGAGCCUCCGUGGACUGGUGGGCUCUGGGGGUUCUGAUGUACGAGAUGAUGGCCGGCCAGCCGCCGUUCGAGGCCGACAACGAAGACGACCUGUUUGAGUCGAUUCUCCAUGACGACGUCCUCUAUCCCGUUUGGCUCAGCAAGGAGGCCGUGUCCAUCCUCAGAUCGUUCAUGACGAAGAACCCGGUCAAGCGUCUGGGCUGUGUGGUGACCCAGGGCUGUGAGGAGGCCAUCAAGACCCACUCCUUCUUCAGGGAAAUCGACUGGGUUCUACUGGAGCAGAGAAAAGUGAAACCGCCGUUCAAACCCCGGAUUAAAACCAAGCGAGAUGUGAAUAACUUCGACCAGGACUUCACCAAGGAGGACCCGGUGCUGACGCCGACCAACGAGGCCAUCAUCCAACAGAUCAACCAGGACGAGUUCAAGGACUUCUCCUACUGCGCCCCUGAGGAGCUGCAGACCUAACACACACACACACACACACACCUAUCAGACAACAAUAACGCCUGGCGUGCUUACACUCAGCAGAACCAGAACACACUCUCUCACUCAUUCGCACGGUCAAUCUUUUCCUUUUAAAGCUCUUGUUUGUUGUUACUUUUCUGGAGCGUUAUUUACUUGCAUUGUGUCGUUCUUGUUGCCUGGGUUUUAUGAUGAAUAUGACUAUGACAAUAAAUAUGAACACGCACACCGCUCUUACACAAAUGUACUCUAUUUAGACACAUGGAUACACUCACACUGCUUCUCUAACCAGCACCAGCUCUCUCUCACACACACCCACACACACACACACACGCACACACACAAAGAGCGGAGUGGCGGUGCGAAGGCUUGUACAUAGCCUGUGUCGAGUGGCUGUAUCGUGUCGGUAUCGUCUGCUAUUUAAGGGGGCGUCGUUGCGCAUGGACAAGCACCCUUCCUGUGUUAUUACUGUCCUUAUCGUGGACCAGUUAGGGCCAAACACCCUUUUGUGCAAUACCAUGACUAUCUAUAUAUUUUAUUGUUUGUUUUUUUUUCUUUAAAAAUGUUUUGUUCUGUUGGAUUUUGGGUGAAAUUGCUUUGACUGUCACACUUUCUGUCCUCCUGUCCUACGUACGGCGCCUUGCAGAAUCAUUCAGACCCUUUUUUUUUUAACUUAUUCACAUUUAUUUUCAGGUGACAACGAUAAAUAAUGAUGUAAUUUAUGUUGAUUUUUUUGUGAUAAACCAACACAACAAGAAUUAAUAAAUGUAAAUUGGAAGGAGAAUGACAAAUAGCACAUUUUCACGUUUAGAGGCUGACAAUUUCCCUCGUUUUUCUUUGCAGAAUUGCUCAAGCUAAUUCCUAUUACUUGGAGAAUGUCUUCAAGUCUUGCUAUAGAUUCUCAUUUAAUUUUAGGUCUAGACUUUAACUAGGCCGUUCCAAGACAUGAAUAGGCUUCAAUCUAAACCAGUGCAGCUUUGGCUGUAUCUUUAGAGUCGUCUUGCUGCUGGAAUAUGAAGUAUUGUACAGCCUCAAACUGGUCUUCUUCAAGUGUUUUUUAUCUCCAUACAAUGCAGUGCCACAGCAUUAUGAUGCCACCACUGUGUUUUAUGAUGGAGAUGUUGUUUUCAGGGUGAUGUUCAGGAGAAAAAAAAUCAAAAAAGGAACAUUUUGGGCACAGAGAUUGCUGUCUACAUGGUUUGUAGUGAUAGUAAAAACUCCAAACAGAAAUUCUUCUGCCUUUGCUUCAACAAUGGCUUUCUUGUUGCCUAAAUGUGGUUUCUAUUUUUUGGAAACUUCUUGGAAUACUGUACUUUGUUUAGACAUAUUACAGUAAAGGGGGAUGACUUUUCUGAUUUUUAUCUGUCAGAUAUUGUGAAAGUGAUUUAUAAUUUGCUUCUACUUUGCAGUGAUGCAGCUUUGUGCUGGUCUGUCGCAUAAAAUCCCAUUGAAAUACGUUUAAAUUGUUGUGAAAUUACAAAAAAGUAUGGAAACCUGACUGGGGUAUGUAUGCGUUUUACAAGGCGCUGUAUGUACAAUGAAUGUUACAGGCUAUUGAACUAAUUAUGUGGAGCAGAGUGUUACAGGCGGCCUGUGUAGCAGUAAAAAAAACUCCGGUGUCCAACUGUUUCAUCCGUCUGUUAAGUUUCAGAGACCUGCCGGCCGGUGUGAAUGUGUUGCCCCGUUUCUUUCUUUCUUUUUUUUUUUUCUCCAAGUAUUGUGAAUGUACAUUUUUGUGUGCAUGAAUGUGUGAACUUUAAUCUCCUCCACGUCGUGCGUGACUUUUUGUUUUCUGCAUUUCUGUAUCUAUAGCAACCAUUUAUGUUUCGCCCAUCUUCCCUUUCAGCAAUUCCUCUUUUCCCUGCUUCUCUUUGUCUCUUUCUGCCAAAAACUGCUCUCACUUUUGAUUUAUUAUUAUUAUUUUUGUUUUUCAAAAUGGCUUUUCUUUCUUAUUGCUGUCUUUUUUUAAUUAUUGUAUUAAUUAUUAUUAUUAUUAUUAUUGUAAAGUGUAUCUGGAGGAUUAAAAACCUUUAUGUGUAAAACUAUAACUAUACCAUUAUAGGUCUGUUACAGCCGGUUGUUAGGAAACUUGGUGAACCAGCAGCUGAAUUACCUCUCACUUCAAACACACAGCACUCACUGACUCUCCCCUUUGCUCGCCCUCUCCUCCUCCUCCUCCCUUUCACUGUCUCUCUCUCUUCCUCUGAACCACACAUGCAUACACAAAGAGGGACGGUUUGUCGCGUUUCUUGUACAGCGAUCUGAAGACGGGCCGGUUUGCUUGUCUGUGCAGUAGAGUCAGUGUGUAGUGACGCUUUGUGCACCCAGGGGUACGGCUGUUCCUGGUCACUCUUAUCUUUUUCUCUGUGCCAAAAAUGUAGUGCAACAGCCGGGCUAGUCCCCCGUCUGGUCUGAUUCCAAUAAAACACUGAGCUGUCUACAUCCA